AUGCGGCCGUUACGCUGGCAGGUGGCAGUGGUGGCGGCUGCUGGCCUCGCGCUGGCCUUGGAGACGCUGCCCGCCGUGUUGCGCUGGCUGUGGGUCAGGCGGCGGCGGCCGCGGCCGCGGCGCGAGGUGCUGUUUUUCCCAUCGCAAGUGACCUGCACAGAAGCCCUGCUGCGGUCCCCGGGUGCCGCACCCUCGGGCUGCCCGUGUAGCCUGCCCCACGGCGAGAGCUCACUGAGCCGGCUGCUGAGCGCCCUGCUGGCCGCCCGCGCCAGUCUGGAGCUCUGCCUGUUCGCCUUCUCCAGCCCGCAGCUGGGCCGCGCCGUGCAGCUGCUGCACCAGCGCGGGGUGCGUGUCCGCGUGGUCACCGACUGCGACUACAUGGCCCUCAACGGCUCGCAGAUUGGCCUGCUCCGCAAGGCAGGGAUCCAGGUCCGGCACGACCAAGACCUGGGCUACAUGCACCACAAGUUCGCCAUCGUGGACAGGAAGGUGCUGAUCACUGGCUCCCUCAACUGGACCACGCAGGCCAUUCAGAACAACAGGGAGAACGUGCUCAUCAUGGAGGACAAGGAGUACGUGCGGCUCUUCCUAGAGGAGUUCGAGCGCAUCUGGGAGGAGUUCAACCCCACCCGGUUCACCUUCUUCCCUCAGAAGGAGGGGGCUCGCUGA